GAGCUCAGGAAACCAGUUAUCAAGCAAACAUGAUUUAGGGGCAUUAAAUACAUAAAAUUGAGGCGUGCUAGCUACAAUGGAACCACCAAUACAUUGCCUCUACAAAAAAUGCAAAUAUACAGAUAAAACAGCAGCUGAUGACGAUAUUUCGUUUGUACCAUUUCCGAAACCUUUGACUCCAAGAGUCCGCAAACGAGUAGAGAAAUGGUUGUAUGCAUGUGGAAGAAGCGACAUCCCUGUCAGUUUUGUGGAGAAACAUUACGACAGAUGUUACGUAUGCUGUACCCAUUUCAUUGGCAGUGAUGGUCCGACCAAGCUGUGUCCAGACCCCAUAUGUUUCCUAAGAGAUGAACCUUCAGAGGAUGUCCACAGUGAUGAAGAAGGCCCCAUCAAUGAGGACCAGGCUAACCCAGUAUCUGUCGGCAGGGCGAGGAGAAGGUGUUGUGUCCCAGGAUGCACCAUGCAGGGACACAGGAAAGUUGAAGGUCACGGUGUGGUCUCCUACCAUUCCUUUCCCACAUUGUGCAGUGUACAAAGGAGGGUAUGGGCCAAUAGAAUUGGUAGAGAAGAAAAGAUGAACGAUUCAGUGAAGGUCUGCUCGCUUCAUUUCUCACCUGAAGUGUACGAUCUGCGUGCCUCCCACAGGAGAUGCUUGAAGAGGGGAGCUCUGCCCACACUGUUGAUGCCAACACCAAAAUCGCAACCCUUGAAGUCAAGCCAAGCUCUUUUGGAAAGUGAAGUCAACAUUUGUAAUGCAAUGGCUUCAACCACUGAUGAAGGCGGGGACGUACAGAAUGCUACGGUUUGCUGUGUGAAGGACUGUGGUUCUGUGUCUGGCAGAGACAGGUUGACCACCUUCUACCCCAUCCCCCAGGAUGACGACCAGCUCCAGGAGCUGUGGAGAGAUGCUCUGAAACUGGGGACAGGUUUCCUUCCAGAGGAUGGACACGUCUGCAGCAAGCACUUCAUAUCAGGAUUCAAGUCUGACUUCCCCCCGCACCCUGACUAUACACCAUCUAUUCUCCCAUCCUCAUCUGUUGAGGAAGUAAAGGCGCUGAGAAAUACUCUUCGAGAUUUCGAGAGCGGCAAUGCUGUGAGAAAGAUGAAGUACAACUGCAAAUCUCUGCAACAACACUGGUUUGAAUGUGGCUUCAACAGAGCCGAUCUUAAACUGGGCAUGAAAAGGGUUAAAGCUGUCAAACGUGCGCACGAACGAAUAAAACGCCAAGAACAUCUGAUAUCAAAAGCAAAGAGACAGAAAAUAAGAUCUGAAAAUAAGAGGACAGAAGACCAUGGAUCGCAAGAGAUUAAACAAGAACCCGAUUCAGAAUUCGAGCAGAGGGAUGAUGAAUUUGUUAUCGAGAAUGAACGAGCGGAGGAAUACGAGGAAGAUUGUGAUGACCUUGACCUUUCUGUCGUCAAGCAGGAACCCAUGUCAGAACACAAGGUGGACAUGAAAACAGAGGACAGCCAGAACUGGUUUUCCCGGUCAGUUCCAGGUUCAUCAUGUCGUCGGGAGGAGGAGGACAUGGAGGACCCCUGUUCCAAAGAUGCCACUUGUGCCUUCACUGUGGUGAGAACAGAUGGGAAAGUUAUGAUGUCAGAGAAGGCAAUCAAGACUGAACCUGAGGAUGAAGAGUAUGAGAAAGCAAUGGCACCAGCUGCACACCAAAACAGUCAGGACUUCUGUGAUGAGAUGCUGACUGUUCAUUUUGAUGGGCAGAAGAAGUUGAGACAUAAAAAUCUAGGAACUGCUUCUACUAAAUCUGAACGUGAAACUGUCCACGUAAAGAAGAGGAGCAAUGUUUCUGAACCAAAUGUGAACAGUUUGAAUCAAGUUGAUGAUAUACAGAAUGAUAGAAGUCAAGUAUCAAGUAUUCCAGUCAAGACAGUUGUGGCACUUAACCCUCAGACAUUCAGAUCUGGUGUCUCAACCAAAACAACUUUUGUGGUUCCAAGAGAAAAUAUCAUCACACUUUUAAUGGAUAAACCUGGAAAUCCAUGUCAGGAACAUUCUGCAGUUGGUCCGGGUAAAACAAGCACUGAAUUCACUGCAGAGACAUGUAAUCAACAAAACUCAACUUUGAACAAGUUGCAGGAAUCUGACACUGUGGUUAAGAAGCACAAAGGGAAUGCCACCAAUCGGGUAGAUCAGAACGGAUGUGAUUUUGAAGGUUUGAGCAUUAGUUUGGAUCAGAGACAAAGAUGUUCUAAUUCAGAAGUUGACAAGAUGUCCCAUAUUUCAGAUAGUACUUCAUCAGAUAUGUUGAUUCAAUCUCAGGAUGUGGGAGAAACACAGAAGGAAGAAGGACCUUCAGACCAUGAAGUACCUCCUUCAGAUGCUGUGUUAAAGAAACAUACAAUGGACAAGGAACGAAAGGACUUCAGCUCGGCAUCAGGAGGAGGUUCUGUUUCUGGGCUUCGAGCCAGUUCGGCUUGUGUAGCACCACCACACACAGAGGAAACUCCUGACACUCAUGUAGGUGACACAUCCACCACAUCAGAUCAGACAUCAGCACUUCCAGAGCCCGAGGAUCCAAACUCCAAAUUGUGCCAGACCAAAAAAUCCUUAUCCAAAGAAUAUACUUUUGAAAAAUUACUGAAUAAAAUGCAGAUACAGGUAACGUCAUCAGAAAUGAAAAGCCUCCUUAUGGAGAAACUGGACCCACAUGGAGUGUGUCCUUCAUUUCAGAGAAGCGGCAGAAUGAUGGCCAAUACUUCUGUUCAGUCACUUACAGAUAAAGUGGUUCUUCAUGACCUCAAUGUGCAGUGUGUAAGAUUAAACAAAGAAGUCAAGCAACACAGAAAGAAACUGAAAAACCUAACCUACGAUUUCCUGGACGAUGGACUGAAAGUAACAAAUGGAAACGUGUUGGGUCACACAGGCUGUUACACAGUUACCUCCCUUGUAGAGCUGUACGAGUAUGUUUCAAUAUGCCUGGAGACACCUCCACUGGACGACAUCUCAAACUCCCAGGAACUCAUCUUGACUCUUAUGAAACUAAGACUUGGUCUCCACAAUUACGACCUGGCUUUUCGAUUUCAGGUUGAUCCCACUGCUGUUCCAAGAAUAUUAAACAAGUGGAUAUCCAUCCUCUUCAACACUCUUUCCCCAUUGAUCAAGUGGCCUGAUGCUGAACCUGAAAGAACAGAACACAGAAACCAGCGAUGGAGACUCCUGAAGCUGAGGUACGACCUCCUCAUGGCUUAUGAUGGAAUUGACAGCAUGAAGGACACCUGGCUGAUGGAGCAGGAUGUGGAUGACAUUAUCAAGAUCUGUGAUGUUCUCAACAGCUUUGUUGUCCCGGACCAGCCAGAGUCUAGAUAUGUUCCAAUCCAGCCAGAAACGGCAACCUAUUUCAUUGAACAGGUGAGACAGGCUGUGAUUGCUGGAGACCAUGGUGCAAUGGAAAAAUCCAAAGAAAAACAAGAUUCUGGGACAAAUGAAGACAAUAUCGGCAAGAAUGAACCCAAGUGCCCCGAAAAUCCAGACAAAGAAAAAGAUGAAGAGUCCAAAUCCAUCAAAGACCCUCCACAGAGAGUGGGUGAUGAUAUUGACGGGGAAUUUGAACCAGAGGAGGCCCCUGGCAAUGAAAGGCUCCAUCAAGACUCAGUCAAGGGCAGUAACUAUGCUCACCAGAAGGAAGUGGAUAUGUACAGAGAGAUACAACUUGAUGUUUUGGGGAAGAGGAGUGGGUGUAAGAUAAUAACAUCACUGAUCGCUGUAUCUAAGAGUGGGGGAAUCCUGAUAGGGCCUCCGAGUGUGGAAGUGGAGGUUGAGACGCAACCCUCAGAGGAGUGGCCGACGUCUCUCGACUUUGAGAAGGUCUGUAGCGUUAUCAUGGAUGAUGAAAGUGACUGCAUGGACUGAAAAAUGAGAAUUACUAAAAAUGACUUCUACCUCAGGUUGUUUAGAAUGCUGCUUUGAUCUUUCUGACACAGGUCCUUUUGAAGUGCUGCUCUGAAGAGCUGUGUUCCUUAGGGACCGACCGUUUCUGGGUGUGUGUGGGGAGGAGGGUGCCUGUGAUUUUGUAUAGAGAUCACAUAUUUCUUCAGUUAUGGCUACAAACCAGAUAUUGUUUUAUUUAAUACUAUGAGCCUGAAUUAGAAAAAACACCUUGCAACAAUGUAAUGUUUUGGCAGCCAUUUUUUUUUUAACCGACUGAAACAUAAUUAUCUUUUUAAAAAAAAUUCGGGGACAAUUUAUUUUUUUCAAUAAAAUCCCAGUCCCCCACCGACCCAGAAUAUCAAAUUUGGUCUCUUAGUCUAGGAUCCACUCAGCGUGGGUUUGAAUCCCGAAUUCUUCUUGAUAAUGAUCCUGGUUUGUCAACACCAUAUCUAUGAUAAGUUUCUCUGAAGUGGAAAAGAUCUGUGACCUACAUCACAAUUCCCACACAUUAAGCUGGCAUUCUGUGAUAUGACUGAAAUACUGAUCAAGGUGCUGUCACACCCAACUCACUGACUCAUGGGUCCUGGUUCUCUUGCAUUAUCUUGUGUCUUUGAAGGAGCAUGUGUAGGACCUGAGAGUAUCAUGUUUUCAACAUGAACACACAAUGUCAUUUAGAAAGUGGUCAAAUGAAUUUGGUUCAGUUUGACGUGAGCAUGAUGUCUGCUCUUCAAUAGACAGAACCAAUAUAUUAUGGCAGUUUCAAGAAACCGCACAUUUAGCAUCUUCUGGAUUAUUUAUGUUGCAGCCGAUUGUAGUACUACAUAUGUUUGUUAAAUAAAUUUGAAACAAACUUAUUUCUACAGUAAACUAUGGUUAUGAAUAACUCAAAGGGACCGCUAAAUUUAGUUCUUUAUAACAGUAGUUCGUUACAAGCACGUAUACUGCAUUCAUGCACAUACAGCAGAUUGACGUGGAAAAUGCAGUUACUAACAUAGUUUACUGUACGUUUAUCAUCUAGUCCUUUGAAACACUGUACACACAAGGAUGUACCAGUAAAAUACUGUUUCUAGCAGCAGUUUCUUUUCAUUUCAUGCGACAGAUUCUGUCUUUACAAGGUGAAAUGGGGUUAAGGUCGCGUUUAAGAUUAUUGCUCUUGUAUAGUGGGGUGCAUACAUAUGUAUGUGCGUGUGGCUGUGUGGCUGCUUGUACUAGUUCGAACUAAUGCCGAUUUUGAUUGUGCUAGCCAACUGAGAUACCAUGCCGCAGUUUUACAUGAAUACCCCACUCAGUCAGUGUGCUGACUCCGAACCAAUCUGUCCUUAUUUUAGCCCGUUAAUGCCGAGCGCCAGGUAGGGUAACAACAUGUACAAUCUUUUAAUGUCUUUUGGUUUGAGGUGGCAGGGGACGGAUCGCCCAACCUUUUGCUCUCUCGGCAGAUGCUUCACCACUACACCACGGAGGCGGUCCUUAUGAUUUUCAUCAAAUGUUUCAAGUUGAAUUAUUUAUAUUAUCCAUCACAAAAAUUAUCAUUUUCAGGACAUUUAAGUAUUUUAAACCAGUAUGUUAUUGCAUUUUGGUAUUUUUAAAGGGCUAGUCUUCAGGACUCGGCUGGUGCAUCA